UGCCAGGAUAGUAGCCUUUGAAAUCGGGGCGAUCAGCCCGGUGACGCCCCCUCGGCCCCGCUGACGUCCCGGAGAGGAGGGCUUAUAAAUCGUCGACCCCCCCAUGUGCUGAGGGGAGGAUGGUAAUUAAAGUGCAGACGACCGUGGAUCGGCCUUCUGCGAAAUAGCUAGCAAAGUGCCCCCCUCCCCAGACUCGUGUCAUUUGUACGGCAUAGAUAUAUCCGGAAUGGGGACCUUACCAAUGCACCCUAAUGGGGCUCUUGCUCUCAUUCUAUGCGUCUCUUUUUCUCGCUGCUGAUGGAUGAACAAUGGAGAAGCCGGCUGCAGAAAUUUGUGGUGAUCCUCCUCUUUCUCCCCCGCGGCCCGCCGCUGUUUCCGCAGCUGUUUUUGUGUAGGAGGGCUGGGACGGACCCGAUCCUGACGGAUUUCUGCUAGAAAACGGCGAGCCGCUCCUUCCUUCCCUGCCCAGCGCUCCCCGGCAGCAGAUGCACGAAGUGCUCUCCUCCGGCAGGCACCAUGGUCCAGUUUCCUGCGCUGACACAUUACUGGCCCCUCAUCCGCUUCCUGGUUCCCCUGGCCAUCACCAACAUCGCCAUCGACCUCGGGGAACAGGCUUUGAACAGGGGUAUCGCUUCGGUCAGAGUGGACGCUGUGGAGAUGUUAGCCAGCUAUGGCCUGGCCUACUCCCUCAUGAAGUUCUUCACGGGGCCGAUGAGUGAUUUCAAGAACGUGGGCCUGGUGUUCGUGAACAGCAAGCGCGACCGAACCAAAGCCGUCCUCUGCAUGGUCGUGGCCGGAGCCGUGGCCAUUAUCUUCCACACUCUCAUAGCAUUUACAGACCUGGGCUAUUACAUCAUCAACAAGCUUCACCACGUGGAGGACUCCGUAGGGAGCAAGACCAGGAAAGCCUUCCUAUACCUGUCGUGCUUCCCGCUGCUGGACGCAAUGGCUUGGACGCAUGCUGGCAUCCUCCUAAAGCACAAGCACAGUUUCCUGGUGGGCUGUGCCUCCAUCUCCGAUGUCGUGGCUCAGAUCAUAUUUGUGGCCAUCCUCCUUCAGAGCCACCUGGAGUGCCUGGAGCCUUUGCUCAUCCCCAUCCUGUCCCUCUACAUGGGGGCGCUGGUUCGCUUCACCAUCGUGGGUCUGGGCUACUACUGCAAAAUCCACGACUCCAUCCCUGAAUCCAUCUCGCCCGAGAGGGGGGGAGAUUGUCUGCAGGCCGUGGCGGUCCUGACCGCCACCUACCCGGUGGGUCACAUGCCCUACGGCUGGCUGACAGAGCUAAAGGCCAUCUGCCCAGUCUUUGACAAGAACAAUCCAGGGGACAAGCUGCCUGGCGACGCCACUUCAGUGUCCAAGUCGCACAUUAUAAGAUUCACAUUCGUCUGUCUGGCACUUUCUUUCACGCUAUGUUUUAUAGUGUUCUGGACUCCGCACAUCUCCGAGAAGAUCCUGGUGGAUCUCAUCGGGGUGAGCCAGUCCUUUGCAGAGCUCUGCGUCGUCCCGCUGAAGAUCUUCUCCUUCUUCCCUCUGCCAGUAACCAUCCGAGCUCACCUGACUGGCUGGCUGAUGACCCUGAAAAAGACCUUCGUCUUGGCCCCCAGCUCCGUGCUACGCCUGCUUGUCCUCCUUACCAGCUUGGUGGUGCUGCCAUAUAUGGGGGUCCACGGCGCCACAUUGGGGGUGGGGUCCCUGUUAGCAGGUUUCCUGGGGGAAUCUGCCAUGGUGGCGGCAGCUGCCUGCUAUGUAUACAGGAAACAGAAGAAGGGAGACGUGGAUAAUGAAGCCGCAGCUGACGAGGAGGACAUGGCCCCCAUGAAUGAGGCAGGGCCCAGCAGAGCGAGGGAGGAUACUGCUGAUCUGCAGGAGGAGGUCAAUUAGACGUGUUUAGGAGUGGCAUAGCAGGGCAGGGGAGAAGGUCACUCCUCCUUCAUUACAUCUUUUUAAAUGACGAUCCACAGCGAGGCCGGGCGCUUGGGUCCCUCGGCAAGAUGCCAUUCUAUACCAAAGCAACACCUCGAACUGGACCUCUUCCAGACAGACCUCCUGCACGUUCAGACUAAAACCCAGCAUAGACAUUUCUGUAGGACACCUUCAACCGCUCGGACAUGAUCAGAUUCCUUGGACUUUGUGACUGCCACAGAGCCGAUUAAAAAAAAAAAAAAAAAAAAGAAAAAUGUAAAUGUAAAAACAGUAAAAGCUUCUGGCCCCGGCAGCCCCGUGAUUGGUUGACUGGUUCCCCAUUCAGCUGCAUGUCAGAUAGAGGUAGAGCGUUUCCAUGACAUGGGAGUGACAGGUUGUCGUGCUGGUGCCAUUUAAAGGACCUAUUUUUUUAAUCAUAAGGUGGUAGCUGUUCAAAUAUUACCGUUUUUUGUAUCACUGAUAUGUAUAAAGUGAGUGGCGGGGUGGGGGGGUUCUAGUUGCUCUUUGUCCCUUAAAUCCAGUCAACUCUUCUUCUGAUCUCAGGACAUGAUUCCACAGCGGGCGUGAAUGCCGCUUCCCUCACUCAUGGUCCUCUUUGCACGUGUAAUAGCUUUUUGCUAUUUUUAAUUUUUAUUAGACUGUAGUCGACAGACCCUCCAUCUGAGGGCUGGAGACUCCCCCUUACUGGUGGUGACUCUGAGGCUUGAGCAGUCACAUGAUUUAAGAGAAUGAAAAGGGACACUAAUUAUUCCUCAACUGAUUAAAGGGUGAUUUAAAAGUU